CAUCGGUAAUACCAUUGUUGUUUUGUUGGGGACGUUCCAGGCUGUUUGGUAAACAGCAAUGGUUAGUGCUGCGAAUGUUAUAUGGGCUUGUAUGAAAGCUUCGUUUUAUAUUUAUGGGUUUUGGUUGUACUCGUCUGAAAUAGUAUGCUGUGCCGUUCCUACGGCUGGAAUUGGAGCUCUUCUGCUGUUUAUUCUAGUCCACAUUGGAAAAUUACCAGCUCCAGAUCCUGCCACAGUGGAAGAGAUACUUGGUCAAGAUCCUCUGCUGCAAGAACGUGAUGACAGUAAGAAGGACAGUGAAGAGGCAAUAUACAUAAUGAGAAGCAUUGCGCACAGGGGAGCUGCAUUAGAUGCUCCAGAAAACAGCAUAAGCGCUUUUAGACAGGCCAAAGAGAAGGGUAUGACCGCAGUGGAAUUUGAUGUUACACUUACCAAAGACAAUGUACCAAUAGUAUUUCAUGAUGACACUGUAGACAGAAUGACAGAAGCUACAGGCAGAAUCAACAGUAUGACAUGGGAAGAAGUUAAACAACUAGACAUAUCAGAAAAACAUCCAAUGAGACACAAAUAUGGUGGUGAAAGAAUUCCUCUCUUUGAAGAUGUUGUGAAGGAAUGCCUUGAUUUAGGGUUACGGAUGUUCAUAGAUCUUAAAGGAGAUGAUUUAAAGAUGGUCUCUGUGGUCCAUAAUGCAUACAAGAACCAUAAAGAAAUGUAUACCAGAGCCAUUGUCUCAUCAUUCAAUCCUUUCUUGAUUUACAUGAUACGGCGUGGAGACCCAUGUAUCACGAGCUCUCUGGCAUGGCGACCACACCUGUAUGCUUCCGCAUCGUACUCGGGAGUGGAAGGUGAAAGUCAGCCCCGCUACAACAACCUGCCGCAGAUGUUAGCAGCACGUGCUGUGGACACGAUCAACAAAUGGGCAUAUGAGAACUUCUUUCACCAUGUGCUGGGUCUAUCAGUCAUUCUCCUUCACAAGGACACCGUUACUUCAGAAGUGGUACGCCUUUGGAAGGAACGUGGUCUGAGAGUCAUGCCAUGGACAGUGAAUCUGCCACUAGAAAAACAAUAUUUCAGCCGAAUCCUCAAGGUCACAUAUCUUACAGAUACACUCAUUGGUGAAACCGAUGUGUCUUAAGUUUUCUCAAGUUUCUGAAUAUGCUGGAAUUUUUCUGCUGUGUGCAGAGAUUUGUUUCUCUGCUGUAAGUCGCAGAAACGUUUGGGAAGCUCAUACUGUCAUGUCUUCCAUGAAAAUGGCAUUUCCUCUUACAAAGCCAUAUGAGUUAUCACUUAUUUAUUUCAUCUGCUGAGUCAGUAAUUUUGAGGCUAAAUAUGGUUUGGCUGUGUGAACACUAAAGCCAAACCAUAAGUUCUGAAACCGUUUAGAGCAAUUACAUUACCUCCUACAUAAUCAGGAAUGUCAUAAGGCAAAUAAAUAAUGUUAAAAAAAUCACAUAUACAUAUCCACAUUUUGUGUUGUAAGUGCAUUGGCACUGAAUUAAAACUUCAUUCAUCUCUUCUCAAUGUUUCUGCCUUUUUAGGUUCUGAAGGAAUUGGUAUGAUAUUUUUUGAGCAGUUUGGCAAAACACUUACAGGGUGUUCUCUCUUAAUUCUGUCUUUCUUUCUCUUUCUCUGCUCUCGGUCAGCUGAAUAGUAUGUUCAAGGAUAAACUCAGUAAAAGGAAGUGUGUUUCAUUUACAAAUAUAUAUAACGAUAAAUAGUAGAUACUUUGUAUAAGACUGCUCUUUUGGACUUGGUUAGUUAUUCCUGUUUCUUAAGAAUGUUAUGUUUCAGAAAUUGGUUCUGUUUGCAUCUUGAGAUUAACAGCAGAAAACCUACCCUGCUGGAUCCCCAGGAAGAGCUAUUCUCAGAAGUUAUUCUAUUAUAGCUGUUACUGCAAAUCAUGAUCAUUGUCACUUUGCCAGCAGUGUAAUUCUGGUAUACUUGCAUGUGGCUACCAUCCUUAGAACUGGUUUAGUGGUGAUACUUGAUGCUCCAGCUGGAGAACAGAUGUGGAUCUCACAGUUUUCUAUACAUUGUAGGAAGUGAGGUGACACUGGUUCAUCAUUGUAAUAGUUCACAUAAAUACAGUAUGCGCCAAAGCAUGCAGUACUGAAACUCGCACAUCUCGAACACGCAUGUGCAUUUGUUGACGGGGCAUAGCUCCAGCCGCACGUAUUCCCAGUAGUGAAAAGGAGGUUGUGUUGCACAGUUGUUGGAA